AUGUGCCACACCAGCUGCCACACAGACGGCCAGGCUGGCUGCUGCUCGCCCAGCCCUUGCCAGUCCUCCAUCUGCCUUCCCUUCCUGCAGCCCUCCGUGUGCCUGCCCGUGAGCUGCAGGCCCACCGUGUGCACGGCCCCUUCCUGCCAGUCCUCCGUGUGCCUGCCCGUGAGCUGCAGGCCUACUGUGUGCACAGCCCCUUCCUGCCAGUCCUCCGUGUGCCUGCCUGUGAGCUGCAGGCCAGCUGUGUAUGUGCCCAUGAGCUGCCAGGCACCCUGCUGGCCUGUGAGCUGCAAACCCAUGGUGUGCAUGGCUCCCUCCUGCCAGUCCUCCGUGUGCCUGCCUGUGAGCUGCAGGCCUACUGUGUGCACGGCCCCUUCCUGCCAGUCCUCCGUGUGCCUGCCUGUGAGCUGCAGGCCAGCUGUGUAUGUGCCCGUGAGCUGCCAGGCACCCUGCUGGCCUGUGAGCUGCAAACCCAUGGUGUGCAUGGCUCCCUCCUGCCAGUCCUCCGUGUGCCUGCCCGUGAGCUGCAAGCCCGCCGUGUGUGUGGCCUCCUCCUGCCAGUCCUCUGGGUGCAUCCAGCCCUCUUGCCCCACCCUGGUCUGCAGACCCAUCUCCUGUGACACCCCUUCCUGCUGCUGA